GACACAUGGCACCAAACAGCAAUGGGUAAGCCAGAGUAUCAAAAUCACACAUUCUAAUUGGCCUCACCCGCAUCACCUUAUCCAAUAUCCAUAUCUCCCUACACUCCACACAAUUUCUCAUCAAAUAUUCAUUCAAAUCAGCCAAAAAAAAAAGAAAAAAUCCCACAUAAUUCUCACCAUCAAUCCCAAAUUCAUGGCCAUGGCGACCCAAGCCUCCCUCUUCACCCCCACCCUCUCCGGCCCUAAAUCCGCCGACCGCGUGGUGGCCCCAUGGAAACAGUCACUCGCACAAUUCUCCACUCCUAAGCCAAUGAAGGUCGCCUCCGCCGUGGCGCACCGCCCCAUCCGCGCCAUGGCUGAGGAGGCCCCACCAGCAACAAAAGAGCCCGAAGCUCCGGCGGGAUUCACCCCACCGGAACUCGACCCCAACACCCCGUCCCCGAUCUUCGGCGGCAGCACUGGCGGGCUUCUGCGGAAAGCCCAAGUGGAGGAGUUCUACGUGAUCACGUGGGAGUCCCCCAAGGAACAAGUGUUCGAGAUGCCGACCGGCGGGGCGGCCAUCAUGAGGCAGGGGCCGAACCUGCUGAAAUUGGCAAGGAAGGAGCAGUGUUUGGCGCUGGGGACAAGGCUGAGGUCGAAAUACAAGAUCAAGUACCAGUUCUACCGGGUAUUCCCGAACGGGGAAGUCCAGUAUUUGCACCCGAAAGACGGAGUGUACCCAGAGAAGGUGAACGCGGGGCGUACGGGAGUGGGGCAGAACAUGCAGAACAUGAGAUCCAUCGGUAAAAACGUGAGCCCGAUUGAGGUGAAAUUCACGGGGAAGCAAGUGUACGAUUUGUGAGGAGGUGAUGAUGAUGUUUGAUGUAAUUUGUGUGAGUAUAUGAAUCAGUAUUUGUUUGAUGUAUCUGUGAUUGCUUCUCUCUUACUCUUUCUUCAACAAAAAUACUGUGCUUUUUACUAUUA